UUUUUAUAGUAGACACACGUUUUCUUCAAUUUCAAGCCUUAGCCUACCUGAGUAUGGUAUCAUUGUCAUGUUUUGUGGCUUACCGGUAUAUAGUACCCGCAUUAGGAGAGCGAUUGAGUGGGGUAGUGUGUAGCAAGAUAUUAGGCCAGCAAGACAGAUCUAGAUAAGGACGAGCUCCCAUUGACUGAUAAUUGGACUAAUUAUUAGUUCAUUAUGCACUCUACAAAGCGAUGGCCAAAUGAAACAAUUUCCCAGCAAUAACAUCAAUAAAAGAAUUGAGGUAGCUCUGCUCGAUCGUAAAACACAAAACUUAACUGACUCUACAAUUGUACAAUGGCUACAGCUUUAUCUGAUGAAACUCCACAGAGUAUCACUAUAAGAGAGUGCUAUACUGUGCUAGUUGGCCAAUUGAAGUCAUCCAUUGAAAGUAUUGGAGAUGCACUUUAUGCCAAAGGACUCAUUUCACAAGACAUCCAUUCCAAAGUGCUAUUGGCUUCUGUAGUACCUGCAAACAAAGCAAGAGAAGUGUUUUCAUACUUGAUCGAAAGAGUCAAGCAAGAUCCGAAUGCAUACAAUGGUCUUAUUGCAGUCUUGACUCAAAAUGGUCGAUGGACAGACCCAGUAGUAGAAAAGUUAAAUGCUACAUUUGCAUGCAAGCAAUCCUACUUCCAUGAGACCCCAUCUACGCUACCAACUGCGUCUUUCCCAGUUGAAAGUGCUCGUACACCUCUUGUGCAGCCAUUGCACAGGGGUACGCAGGAUGACAUUACGGCAUCUUGCACCAAAAUAAUACGCUCGCUAGAGGCUCAACAGAUUGAAUUCAUCAAACUAAAAGAGAAACUCAAUGCGUCAGCGUCUAUCUCACCCUGCACCAGUACUGGUACAAGCUACAAGUUAUUCAGCCUAGAGAAGGAGUGGGAGGAAGUGAAUCGUGAGAGACUAGGUGACAUUCUAACACAGGCCAAGCAAAUGGUGCAAGAAGCCAACUCGCUACUGGAGACCUUCAAUGAAAAAAUUGAGCUUCAAGUUGUCCUUGCUGUCCCUCGCUCUCUACUUAGCUCCCAGCAAUCACCUGAUGUCAAUACGAGCGAUGAGAUUUUGGUUAGGGUCCUGCACAGACAGAAGGGGAGUGAGUCGGUGUGGAGUGUGAACACACUGCAAGAAAAGCUUGUCAUCUUGAGAGAUGUGGCUAAGAGGAAGGAGGGAGGUGCUCAGCUAGAUGAUAAUCUACCCUUCAAUGACUCAGAACAACCUACUCUCCUGGGACUUGCAAAUUUCUGUCUAGUGGGUCUCAAACACAAUGUUCCCCAUGAGUACAGCGCUCCUAUUGUGACUGCCACUGGAGAAGACGGUGGACACUUGAAGGUGAUCAUUGUGAGAUGCUCCCGGCAAAGUACUCAUGGUGAAGACUCUGGCCUGUGUCUUGGAGAUACCAUCACCUUUCAGAUCAAUGUGUUGGAGGCUACUGGGAUGUCCAAGGACUAUCGCCACUGUGUGUUCUGUCAGUACCGGUUUCAGGGAGAGAAUGUUAAGAUACAAUCCAAUCUGGAGAACAACUCACUGACAAGUAGAUUUCAGACAUUUCAACACAGCCAGGUGUUCAAGGUUACAACUGUUGAUGAAGAUUUUCUUGACAUUGUCAACAAUGGAGCACUUUCUAUCGAGAUGUGGGGACAACGAGAGAACAUUGAGGAUGUCUCCAAGGGGCUAGUGUAUGUGGCAGAGGGCGCUACGAAUAAGGGAAACAGUCAGUAUUCUGUUGCUGAUGAGGUUAGAGAGCUGACUAAGAGGCUAGAAGUUUGGGUGGAGAUACUAGAGCUCAAUGAACAAGGAGAGUAUGUGCCCGUGGCAAUGCGGAACAAAUCAGAAGUCUUAACAGGAGGUGUGUUCAAGAUACGACAGGGCCAUUCUCAGAAGAUCAAUGUGACUGUCCAUACAGUAUCGGAGUCUGGCAAUGGUCUUCUUUUGACUAAUAACAUCUCAUCAGUCUCUAUUGGAAGUAUCGACCUUUGUAGCAGUAACGACCGACCGCUCGACUCUUUUCAGUCAUAUGACCGAGAGAGAUUAUGUGAUAGAUGGGGCAAUGAUCUGCAGAGAUGUCAGGAACACCUGGAUGCUGAGUAUCGGAAGCUUGAUAAUGAUCAGUACAAACAGAAACAUUUGUAUGCAGAUAGGUACAUGGUUGUAUCACAGAGGCAUGACGUCUUGCAACUCAAGAAAGUUACAAGUGAGCUGCCUGGGGCACGUACAGACUGGAGAAAAAAGUCUGGGUUCGAGUGUAAAGUGCCCAUUCUAUUUCUUGAUUAUCCUUCGGUAUCCGAUGAUUCUAUGGAAACAAUGUUUCUUUGUGGAGAGAGAGAGGAGAGUAUGCUGGAUCUAAAGAUUGUCAAAAAACAUGAACACGGGGAACGACUGCAUGCUACAACCUUGUGGGACGUGGCUGCUCACAAUACCGAUGACCUCAACAAAGUGACUCAGGAUGGGUACAGGGUAUACGCUAUCCUCAAAGUAGGCGUGGCCCUCUACCAUCCCACGAACGUUGUACUGGAGCUGCGAAAAAGAAUCUGUAUGAAAGUAUACAACAAGAAGAGUGCUUUGAGUGCUUUCACGAAAAGUACCAACGAUAAUCGACCUGGAUGCGGUGUGAUGUAUGAUGUUGUACUGGGUGUACCUAAGACACGGGGCAUGCGACCACCCCCAAUUAUACCACCCAACCCCUCUCUAAUGGAGCUACAUGACGAUGAGGACCCUGUGGAGAGGUUGAAGACAGCGUUGACUUCCGUUGGCGAAAUUCUAUCUCUUGACAAGCUCAAACAGGAAGUGUCUUUGAAGGAGAAACUGAGUGAGGCUGGACAGAGAAAGAGGUUAAAUUCAACAGGAGCUCUCUCUCGGAAGAAUUGCUCGCCUAUAGAGGUUGCUCCCUUGGAUAAAAGAUUCAUUUUCGAGCUGUCUUCUAUAAAAGCGAAGUCAAGUUAAGUGAAAGCACGGCACAAGGUGGUGCUGAGCUCCUCAGGUGUUACAAUAUGGACAGGUGGGUAUACUGACCACUGCAGGAGACUAAAGGUGAGUGAUGAUGUGGAGUGUGAGUUGUGGUGUCAUUUUCUGCUGAUUUGGCUCAACGGUUACGGUUUUUCACUUGCAAAGGAGAGUCCCUGACCAGUUUGUGGUAGGCUAUAUGCUCUCGACUACAACUAGUACUUCAGAGAUCUCAACGUAAGCAGUAUACUGGCACUGUUAGAGUGUAAUAGUAGCUUGAGCGAUAUUGCUCACUUUUUUACCAUGAUUUCUGCAUGUGUGCAUGUGCAACUGGGCAAGAAAAAAUGCUGUCAUAAUCACUUUACAAUUUUAGUUGCAGCUUAAUGAUAAUGCCGCCCAAUCUGAGCAGUUUUUAUGCUGUUGUUCAUUGCAGCUUCUGCUAUACCGUAUAGCAGGUAAUUUUCGUGGGGAUAAAAAAUUCGUUUAUCUGCAUGGAAAACAGUGAUUUUAGUGAGUAUAAAUUUCGUUUAGUCUCGUUGCCUGUAUUGCAUUCAUAUGUUACGGUAAGCCAUGCCUGCGUUAAAAUUUCGUGGAUGUCAGCUUGACCACGAAAAUAACGAAUUUUUUACGCCACGAAAAUUACCCACUAUAUUUUAUAUACGGUAUAUAUAGUGUGUAUUUUGGUUUCAAAGAACUGCAUGAUUGUCACUCAGCUGUUUCAUACCUUCACCUUGAAAGUUGUACGCUUUACAGCUUGUUCCUGAAACUGUUACUUUCACUAUCAACAAACAGAUACAUGCAUGCAUGCAUGCAUGUUUACUAUAAUUAUUAUACCUAUUAAUCUAUUCUCAGUAAAUUCAUAUACUGCUAUACCAUUGUAAAAGGCUAUAAAACGCAAUGUAACUCAACCAAUUAAUCCGCUUAGUUGAGAAGAAGAUGAGUUGUCAACCAGAUCCUGAAACAAGUCACCAGGUUUAUAGAGAACAGCUGAAUAAACAAUAUGAAUCAGUAUACCAACAACUCAAAAUACAGGAAAAACGAUCUCAAUAUAUGACAAUCGAUCGCCCUAACUGCGUUAAGGAUAGCUCCCAGGUUAGAGGACAGUCGAACGAGCAAGAUGCGUACCAACAACUCAAAAUACAGGAAAAACGUUCUCAAUAUAAUUAUGACAAUCGAUCGCCCUAACUGCGUUAAGGAUAGCGAUAGCUCUCAACUAGCCAGUCAAAUCCGUACUAAAAUGAAGAGGGGGAAAUUCAUUGCUAUUGCUCUAGUGACUGCAUUUCUGGUCUGUACUUUAAUUGUGUGUUUUGUGGCAGUGAUUAUAUUCAGUCCUCUGGUCAGAGGUGGAGAAAAUGAAUGGAGUACCAGCACUGCUGAAGAUAAUCUAAGAUUCAGCAGUUGGAGGAAAUGCUGCAGGGAACAAACGACUCGUUUGAAUUGCUACAAAAAUCGCUACGAUCCUUAGAAGUAUCCUUAGAAGUACAAGUUCGGCGGCAAUCAGAUUUUGAUAGUAAUGUCUCCUCACAGUUUUUUAAUGUGCAGAACUCCGUGCAAAGUUUGAGCUCAAUACAGAACAAUAUUCGUCAAGAUUUAAACCGUCUUCGCACAAUAAACCUCUAUGAGGGCUGUAUAGAAGAGAAUGGGGCUUGCCAGUUGACUACAACAAAUUUUGCAUAUCUAAAUUGUGCCACUAUAGUUCCUAUCCAUCAAUCCUGGAGUAAGUCUAUUUAUAAACAAUGCAUGUCCUCCUUCAAAUAAAUACGCCAUCUCAGUUAAUUAUAAGUACGGCAUAUAAUUAUGUAUGUAGCUACACAGCUCAUCAAUCCAUAUUCAGAACACACAGUACUUCACAUCCAGCAUAUGGUGUGAACUGUCCAGGCCCAACCAUUCGUUUCAAUUUCGUACUACAAGAGUGGAAACAAUAUCAAAUGUAGCUGUGAAGUUACUUCUCCUACUAGUUAUGGCCACAACGCACCAUCAAUAGAUUCCAUCAUGCUCUGCACAAUGACUGUUACCAAAAUUAAUGUCCUUACACUCGAAACCUCCUGAACUGAAUCUUUUGCUGAAACUGAGACACUGUGUGUCUAGUUCAAAAAAAGGACUUGUGUUUGUAUACCCCUAAUAUAUAGCGCACGAGUGAAGCCAUGUAACAACUUAUUUGUUGCAUUCCUUUUUCGUAUACCGUAUAAUUAUUAUAAUAUAGCAGGUAUAUUAUUUCUUGAGAACUUUUGCGGAAUGACCGUUAGAAAGGUUUUCACGGAUUUAAUUUUCGCAGAAUAGCAGUCUUUCUGCAGCAUGCAUGCAUGCAUGCGAUAUUAAAUUGGGUAUGAAUGUUAGUGGUAGAUGCAUGCUUGAUCAGCGAAAACCACAAACAUUUAUACCCUCGAAAUAUACCCGCUAUAAUUAUAUAUAAGGUACACAUCACUCUUUUUAUAGGACACCUAUAUAGUUUACCCUAUAGUUCCAGACCUUAGCCGACAAUUAACGGUUAGUGUAUCCAUUGCUAAGCAGUUGCUCACUAGAUUCUAUAAUUAUGCAAUUCGUUGCUGUUAUACAUAACCAUGCAACAACACAUUCACCAUGCACCUUAUGUUUCCAAGGAAAUUGUGUUGUACAGCUUGUGCAUGUGUAUAGCCUCGACCCCAGGCCGAGACUUGUGUGGAGUUGCUAUUCUUUAGAUCUACAGUCUAUUCCCGACACUGGCAUCCUUAAAUUAUAAUAUUACUAUACGUCUCAUACAUUCAAAUGUGUUGUGGAAAUUAAGAGGAUGCAUCAUGCAUGCAUAUAUGCAUGAAGAGUCGAAAAAAAUUAUUAGCUCUCAAAGAAAGAAGAUUUCAGGACGUUAGGUAACGUAAACAUACGAUCAUGCUUAUAAACUUCUCUGUAUAUAUCAGUCACAUGCAAUUGAAUACUCGUUUCUCUCUCUCAACAGGUGAUAUAAAAUCAAAAUGCACUAAAUAAAAAUCCCACUAAAAAAAUAUUUAUGCCAUCUCAAAAGUUCCACAUUCUUCGAUAGCUAAGGUAAGUUUGUCACGUAAAGUUUCAAAUGAUUGGUAUCCAGGAAGAUCGAGUCUGUUGAAGCAGGUGUGAGCUCUGCAGAGGAGAAAAUAAUAAUUUAAUAAUUAUUAAGCAACACAUUGCAUGCACUUACAUGUAGCUACGCUGUUCAAUUGCACGUAAUAAUAGUAAUAGCUACUGAAGUACAUGUAGUUAGUCAAUUGACCUGGAUUAUACACACACACCCGCUCACAUUGGUAGAGAACGUGAUGAUUCCAAUGAGUCAAUGGUAAACCUCUGGAUAGACCCAGAUCCCCUCAGGGCUUUGAAACCCUCAAAUGGAACACUAGACGUGCCAGUAACAAACUGCAAAAGAAAUGUCUUAUUAAUGUAUGUAGCUUGUAUGAACAAUGUUUUAGAGGUACACUAGUAUCCAUGACAACACACCACAUGACAUAAUACUGGGGAUGUGGUCUCACUUGUAACAGUCGCAGCUUCUGUUCAUUGGUGAACUCCACCACUGCCCUCCAGAACCACUUGAUGACCUUGUGCGUAUUACUGUAGCCUGCAAUAUAACAUUUUAUGGCAGCUCACAUGACUAUCCUGUUCUAAUGCAUGUACAACUGGGUUCAUUUUUAUUGUGUCUAUAAUACUGUAGCAACGCGUACACACACACACACUGAUUGGCAGCUGCUAAAAUUUGGCCUACGUACAUAGCAGUUGGUUAUUUCACUAUGCCAAGCGGGAAGCUCAAUUUCGAGAAAGCUCUUAGACUACUAUCAAAGCGUCACCAGAUGCUGUAAUUAUCUCAUAUACAUGUAUGUAUCUACAGUAAACAUACAUGUAUCAAUAAUAAGCCCCUACCUCCAUAGUAGACGGUAUUGUUCUUCCAAUCAUCAAUAUCAAUCUCUGCAGUUCCUGCGAUGACCCACUCGAGUUCCUGAGCAUCGAAGUUUUUGAGAUAAGCCAAUGGCAUCAUCUCUCGCAAUCCUUUCACCAGGCUCUCAGUUUGGGGGCCGGUCCCACGAGAUACGCGCCACUGGAUCAUGAGGUUCAUGUACUCAACCUUGUUAGAGUUGGUGACUACGAUGUCGGCACCGCCAGGUUUGAGCUCGUACUCUGAGGUCUGUGUGUGUGUGUGGGUGGUGGUGUGGAUGGGUGGUAUCGCGUCAUGUUUGUGCGGUGUGUGUGUGUGCGUGAUGGUGGUGUGGGUGUGUGUUCAAGAGAUACUCUAAACUCACUUCUCCAAAGGUCUCUUCAAGAACGGCAAAGUUGAGGUCCAAUGGCUCGGGGUCGUUGUGUUGCACGUACUGAAGACUGUUGUAGAACGAUAUGUCUAUGGCCUCCAUGUCACUCACGACACAUUUCCUGAAUAUCAAUGGAAUAUCUUCUAAACACUGUGCAUAUUACAUGUGUAUACAUAUACUCAUGCAUCUCUAGCGAUCUUGUCUUAUAAUUAAUGUACAUGUACGUAUGAUAUCGAUAUUAGAAACUGAGAUCGUCACAACGAUAGUCCAAUAUUUCAA